AUGGUGCGAAGUCGGUCAGUGAGUUUAUUCCUAGUGCUGUCGCUUUUGGCGAAUGCCUUCAGCGUACCAAUAGAGCCCAUUCGACGGAGACGUAGCUCUCACCACAAUAAUCGAGUUUCAAAGGACACAUCAAAAUUGUCAACUGAUUCUGAUGCAAGUUCCAAAGAAUUAGACUCUGACAAUGACAUUACAAAUCACAACAGAGACUUUGACGAUGAUGAUGACGACGACUUCGAUGAACCUAUGCAACCAGCGUCUACUGUCGGAGGCAGUAACAUAUUCAGUCUGUUAAGACUCGCCAACGCAUUGCUGCCUGGAUUGAGCGGCGCAGAUAACCCAAUAUUUCACAACAUGUUACGAGAAUUGUACUUUUACAAUAACCAAAGGUAUAUAUUACGACGACAAGAUAUUGGAGAUAAUGAAAUAGAUAUAGACUAUGAAAUAGAUUUGAAACCACAUGUGCCAUCGCCAAAUUUUCAAAGAAACGAAAUAGAUGAAAGUGGAAAUGACACCUCAGAAAUUGAUGAAGAUGAUGACGAUAAUGAUUCAGAAGUGAACGACGAUGCGGAAGUAUUUAGUACCGAAGAUAAGGGAAACGACGUUUCUAAUUCGAAACAUGAUUCAGAAUCUAACGAGAACAGUUCUGAUGAUUCUGAUGAACCGCCUGGUGGCGAUGGACAAGGAGGCGGUGUUUUAGGUUUAUUAGCUGGAUUAAGUGGAGGUGAAGACGGCCAAUCUGAUUUGGGAUCUUUACUAGCAACAGUCAGUGGUAUUGUUGCAAAUCUCAGUGGUGAUGGCUUGGAUCUAAACAGUUUAAUUGCAUCAGGAAUAGGACUAUUUGCUGGAUUACUGUCUGAAGGAGCAGAGAAUCCAGGAGCUGUGAUUGCUAGUUAUCUUCUCACAUCACUGGAUACUAUUACAGGCGGCGGCGCACAAAAUAAUGGUGCUUUCUUUGGAAAUCUAGUAUCGAAAUUAGUUAAAGGAACAAGUGCGGCUGGCGAUCCUGAAGCCAGCUCCGAGGAGAACAAAAUGCCAAUGGCUGACUCAGCAGGAUUCUUCAUAAGUCUUAUUACGGCUCUACUUGGAGACAUGUCAGGAGGGAGUUCAAGCUGA